ACGCCGGGGCAGACGCCAGAGGACGCCCGCGGCUGCGGGGCGCGGGGACAGCGAGCCGAGCUCCGGGCGCGCGUCGGAUCCGCCCCGCCUGGCCGAGCGCAGGAUGCGCGGACCCGGGCGCCCCCUCCUCCUGGGGCUGCUGCUCGUGCUGGGGGCGGCGGGGCCCGGCCGGGGGCUCGCGGAGACGCGGGAGGCGGCAGACAGGCAGACGCUGCUGCAGCUCAUCGUGGAGAUCGUCCAGGAGCUCAGGAAGUACCACUCGGGAGAGUCCAAGAGGCUGCAGCUCUCGGGCCGGCAGGACUACAGCCUGGGCCGCAGGGCGGUCUCGGACUACGGGGCUUACCCGGAGGAGCAGAGAGUGGAAAUUGUUCCUCGAGAUCUAAGGAUGAAAGACAAGUUUCUGAAACAUCUUACAGGUCCUCUUUAUUUCAGCCCAAAGUGCAGCAAACACUUCCACAGACUUUACCACAACACCCGAGACUGCACCAUCCCCGCCUACUAUAAGAGAUGCGCCCGGCUUCUUACCCGGCUGGCUGUCAGUCCGACGUGCAUGGAGGGAUAAGUGAGCAGAGAGCACCGUGCAGGAGCAACGGCCCAGGAACCACGAGAAGUGCCUUGGAGACCAAAGGACAGAACCCACUGCCUUCUGGACACACCCCGUGAACAGAGCUUUAUUUUUGCAGACAGACUCUUCCAUAAUUCCUUUACCUUGAGUUUUGUGUGCUGACACCGUCUGUGGACACAGAGUCAGUAAAUGGGUGUGCCUGACAGUAACGCUUGCCACUGGUCAUUUUAGAAAACCGGAGAAUGCUCCACAUUUGAUGUGUCAUGCUGUGAAAUGGCAGAGAGAUAUCUCAUUUUCCUGAUUAGGUGACAUCACAAAUAUUUCUUUAGAAGCAUAAGCAGAAUCAGCAGAAUCUAAAACUAUAUUUUCAUAUAGCAUAUGGUAUUAUUUAAUAUUUUAUUACUUUUACAAUUAAAUUCCCAGAGUAUCAUUUGGAAUUGCAUGAAAAAUUUAAAAAAAAAAAAAGAGAGAGAGAGAGAGAAAAGAACUUCAGUUGUGGAGACAUUGGAGUGUAAAUCUGUGUACAUGUUCAGGCUAAUUUCAUUUGUCCUUUGUAUAAUAAAUGUAAAAUAGUAUCCAGAUACUGUGCAAUAUGUAAAUACUGUAAAUAAAACGCAAGUAA